UUUUGCCAAGAACGCGUAUAUUAGUAUCGCUCUAUGCUCCGCAUUGCGGAUUUAAAUAAGUUUCUUGUGUUUACGAGUAACACGUCGAAUUGUUAUUUCGUAACGUGUCCCACGAAAUGGUAUUCUAAUUAUUAUUAUUAUUUUACAAUAAAAGAACUGAAUGUUUUAGGCGAGAUGAGCAGCAGCGGAGGGUUAGGAUUUGGCGUCGGCGUCGCCGGUGGUCCAACCCUCGCAGCCGCUCAGCAAAGCCAAGGGGUAGCUGCUCUUCUAGUGAUGCUUGCCGUCUUAUGCUUUAUUUUCGCCUAUUGCUGUUGGGGUGCACCGUUCUGCAGGUCUCUAUGUAGAAGACACUGUUGCUGCCGGUUAGAAGAUCCUGAACCAGAUUCACGAUUCAGCAAUAACGAUCAAGCGAUGGUAGCAACACCGACCAUCAUUCUCUUACCACACGGUAGAAUGCUUGUUGUCGACGGUACAAUCUUCACCCAGUUCCAAACCGAUCCGACCGGUUUAGACUUGGUGGAACUUGGCGAUAGCGUGUUACGAGCUCAAAGAAAUCCACGAAGCAUAAAUCGACAUCAGCUACAGAAUAGCCAAGGUAGCAUCUUAGAGAUGGACGCUGAAACGCCCAGUAAAGACAGCUUAGGAUCCGUUGGGUGUUUCCCACCCCCAACUUACGAAAGUAUCUACGGAAAAGAAGAGUCGGACAUGCCACCGUCGUAUUCUGAUAUUUUAUUGCAUAGGUUCGCCAAUCUUCCUCACGAGAUAGACAUGCACGGUUUUUGUCACGACGGUAAAGAGGAGAUCGAGAUGCAGAGCCUAGAUGGUUAUCCGCAUAUACUAAGUAAUCCUAUGAAUACAAUACCGUACCCUUACGCGACGAUAGCAAAUUUUUCGAGUCAAAGUUUUCCACGAAGAAACGUUUCGAGAAAUCCAUCGAUCAUCAGCAAUCCUCUCGACAGUUAUUUCGUGGAUAAUGAAUUAGAAUUGUACAGGAUGAGCCAGGGCAUCGUACCUCGAGUGUUUAGCAAUGCGAAUUUCGAGGCCCUUAGAACUUAUCAGGACGAAACUUCGUUUCACACAGAGAACAGUAACGAACAUCAAAUGCGGAACGAAUUAGUGUCGGAGAAUGGAAAUCAUUGUGUUUCGGAUAAUACCGUUCGGAACAACGAAAGAAUACAGGGGAAUAAUACCGAUGAGAUAUCACGAAAUAUAACGACGGGAAAUGAUCUGAUGAACACGAGGAAUCUUGUUCGUAGCUUGUCGAGGAUCAGCCAAGAAAGCAGAAACAACUUGGAGAAUUCUCAAAAAGAAAAUCAAGAGAAUGGAGUAAUCUUUGUUCGAUUAUCUCGUUCCGAGGAUCGCAAUAAUGGUCACGGUUCUCAUAAUUGGUAUUCCGUUGCAAACGAGAACGAUAGAUCAAGAACGCAAAUCAAUCAAGAUGAUCAAUCGAAUUUGAGAAAUGUACAUUCGGAAAAUCCUCGAGCGGAUGAAACUAAUCGCAACACGGAAUCAAACCCAAUAGAAUAUUAUAUUAGAAGCCAAAGUAUCGACGAAAAUGUUGGAAGAUCCCAACGAUUGGAAACUGAAUCUAAUUACUCGGACGAAGAGACCAGUAAUUUCGGGGCUCUAGCUGAUAUUCGUGAAAGCCGAGUAUAACAUUAAACCUCUACGUUCACAAAGCACAUUUGGUCCUCAAAAAUACUUUGAAAAUAUGUUACGAGCAAAUAAUUACCGGAAAACUUUUUGACCAAACGAAUGUUGAUACUUGCAUCCUGUAAAAAGAAAAGUUAACACUCAAAUAGAAACAUACUAUUAUCUCGCGAACUGAUUAGUUUUUAUUAUAAUCUUAAUUUUUUUUUUCUUUUUUGUAAUUAAUUUUAUAAUACAACAGAAGUUUAUACUGAAAAUUGACAGUCGGGUUUAUUUGCUUUUUCUUUUUUCUCUUUCUUCUAACAGAUAUUACAAUAGACUUCAGAUUUGUUUGUACACAGAAUAAUAAAGAACAAUAAAAUAAACGUGUAUAGACAAUUUAAAAGUUAUACUAUCCAAAACCAAGAGGAAGAAUUAAUAAAAAUUAAAUUUCGAAAUAUAAUUUGAUAUAAACAGAAGGAACAAUCAAUUUAAUUGUGGUAAAUAAUAAUAGAAGAAAAAAGAUAAAACAAAGUUAGUUCAGUCCGUCCAAGAGUUAAUUACGUAUUAGGUUCGGUAAAUGUUAAGAAAAUAAUUGCUAUAAAUCGAUUUAAACAUUUUUUACCUGUUAUUAGCAAUCCAUGGUACAGACUAUUUAUUAUGCAUUUGCUUUUUACAUUGUUUUACUGCAAAAUAUUUAACGAUUUCCGAUAUGCAAGUUUAGUAAAAGGCUUAAUAUUUGUACGUACCAUGAAAAUGAUGAAAACGAAGUAUAUACAAAUAAAAUGUGCAUAGGGUAACUGUUGAAUGCAUCAAAAUUCUAUGCGAAGAUUAUGUUAUUAAUACAGUUCAUCAAUUAUGUGUAAUUCAUCCCUAAAACAAAUUGCGGCUUAAAUAUACAAACAAAAGUAUAGUAUCAUUUUAUAAUAAAAUAUUAUGGCAUAUUUAUGCGAUUUAAAUACAAUAAAAACAAAAAUGAAUUUUAGACAGAAUCAUGUUCGUGUUAUAAACGUACGAUAAAUUAUAUAAAGAAAUGAUACGUUGUAUGCAUUAUCAUUGUUGUUGCAUAGAUAAAAAAUAUCAAAAUAUAAAUUAUUAAUAAAAUAAGAUAUUUACUAAGAAAGUAAUAUUUUGUGCUUUUCUGUAUGCUUUAGAAAGACAAAAGUAGUAAAGAUACAGACUAAAUAACUGAAAAAUUGUAACAUUACAUUACUAACAAAUGUUGACAACAUACCUUUCAAUCAAUUUUUUAAAAGCGGUAAAAAUAUUUUACAACUUUCUGUAAUUUAAUCGUCGCUAUCCAUAUCUUCUGGGGCUGAAGAAUCAUCUUCAUCUUCUUUACUUUUUCGAUCCCAAUCUUUCAACUUUGUUCCCAUAACAAAAUCUUCUCUCAGCACGUUCCAAGUUUCCUGGUCCUUUUAUUAAAAAUAUUUUAUUUCUUAAUACUAGUAUUUUCUGGUAGGAAAGAAUAUUGCUUAUUUGAAACAACAUAUUGUACCUUUUGUUUACGACUUUUAUUUUGUUCCGUUUCGUCCUUAAUAUUGUUAUCUAUUGGAAUACUUUUACUUCCACCCAUAAGAACAUCUAAGAAUGCACAUUUAUCAAUGUUCUUUAAUACCCGUUCCCGUUUUCGUUCUAAUGGGCCAGCUUUUGAUAGUUUUUGAUUAAUUUCACCUUGUUGUUGUUUUACCGCGUUGAAUAAUUGUACUACACCUCUGUAAUAAUAUAUAUUUCAAUAUUUUAAUUAUAUAAAAAAAA